UUAUAUACAACUUGCUAAUGUUAAGCUUUGCCAGUGCGAAACUCAAGUGUGAACAAUUUGGUCUUCGAAUAUUAUUUUUUUAAGUGAUUUUUUAAACCUUUUCGUAUUUUAAAACUCAUGAAGUUUGCACUUCUGCUCUUCGGAGCACUUGGGCUCUGCCAAGCAAGAAACUUUCUACGUACCGAUUCUGAAAAAGAAGCAGCGAAAUAUCUUCAAGAUCUCAAUGCCGAACUCAAUAAGCAGGCUAAUUUAGAUACUGAAGCUAGUUGGGCCUAUACUUCAAACAUAACCGAUGAAAAUCAACAAGUUAAAAAUGAAGUCUCUGCUAAAACAGCAAAAUUUAUGAAACAAGUUGCCAAAGAUUUGCAAGCGUAUGACUGGAAAAACUUCCAAGAUGCAAAUUUAAGGAGACAGUUCAAGAAGUUAGGAAAACUGGGAUAUGCAGCUCUGUCCGAAGAAGAUUACGAUGAACUUACAACAACAUUAUCGAAAAUGGAUUCAAAUUACGCUAAGGUAAGGGUUUGCAGCUACACUGAUAGAAUGAAUUGUGAAAUGCAGCUGGAACCAGAACUAACAGAGAUCUUUAGCACAAGUCGAGAUCCAGAGGAGUUAGAGUACUAUUGGAAGAUGUGGUAUGACAAAGCUGGAACACCAACUCGAAAGAGUUUUGAAAAAUAUGUCGAAUUAAAUACAAAAUCUGCUAAGCUUAACAACUUCACAUCUGGUGCUGAACUUUGGUUGGAUGAAUACGAGGAUGAUACAAUAGAAAAGCAACUGGAGGAUAUUUAUGACGAGAUUCGUCCCCUUUAUGAACAGAUCCAUGGUUAUGUCCGAUGGCGCUUACGACAGUUUUAUGGGAAUAAAACUGUUCCAGAGAAAGGACCGAUUCCGAUGCAUUUAUUGGGUAAUAUGUGGGCUCAAAAGUGGGGAAAUAUUGCUGAUAUUGUUGCACCAUUCCCUAAAAAACCCUCUAUUGAUGUAACUGAUGAAAUGAUUCGACAAGAGUACAAUGCAGAGAAAAUGUUCCAUUUGGCUGACGAAUUUUUCCAAUCCUUGAAUUUGAAAAAGCUACCAAAACCGUUUUGGGAGAAAAGUAUUAUCGAGAAGCCAACAGAUGGUCGUGAUUUGAUUUGUCACGCUAGUGCUUGGGAUUUUUUUACCAUCGACGAUGUUCGCAUCAAGCAAUGUACUCGAGUAACUCAAGCCCAACUCACAACCGUUCAUCAUGAGCAAGGACAUAUUCAAUAUUAUUUGCAGUAUCAGCAUCUUCCUAAUGUCUACCGAACUGGUGCAAAUCCUGGUUUCCACGAAGCUGUUGGUGAUGUCUUAGCUCUUUCUUUCUCCACUCCUAAACAUUUAGAGAAAGUCGGUCUUCUCAAGGACUACAAAAUGGACGAAGAAGCUCGUCUGAAUAAACUUUUCCUAACAGCUUUGGAUAAAAUUGUAUUCCUGCCAUUUGCUUUCACAAUGGAUAAAUAUCGUUGGGCUCUAUUCCGUGGAGAGGUUGACAGCAGAAAAUGGAAUUGUGCCUUCUGGAAACUUAGGGAAGAAUACUCAGGUAUUGAACCUCCAAUUGUUAGAACAGAAAAAGACUUUGAUGCUCCUGCCAAAUAUCAUGUUUCUGCUGAUGUUGAAUAUCUAAGGUACCUUGUUUCAUUUAUCAUUCAAUUCCAAUUCUACAAAUCAGCUUGUAUCAAAGCUGGUGAAUACGACCCAAAGAAUCCUGAAUUGCCAUUGGAUAAUUGUGAUUUCUAUGGAAGUGCAGAGGCUGGCAAGGCUUUCCAAGCUAUGUUGUCGAUGGGUGCUUCUAAGCCAUGGCCUGAUGCAAUGGAAGUUUUUACAGGAGAACGCAAAAUGUCUGGUAAAGCUAUUGCCGAGUAUUUUGAACCACUGAAACAAUGGUUGGAAGCUGAGAAUAAGAAAAAUAACGUUCAUAUUGGUUGGACCAAGUCAGAGAAGUGUAAGCCCUAAUGAUGCGUUAACAUUUAUUGGGAUGAUCAGUUUCUAAUAAUGACUUGAUACUUGGUCCGUUUGCAUUUUGAAGAUUUCUUAGAAUUUCCUUUUCAGAGCAGGAGAAUGAAAUAUAAACACCUAGCAUUUAAAUUA